AUGGCAAGAAGGAGAUUAAGAUUGGCAUAUAUUGUGAAUCAAUCAAAAAGAAAAGCCUCCUACCAGAAAAGAAAGAGAGGGUUGGUCAAAAAGCUUAAUGAGCUAACCGUUCUUUGUAGUGCGGAUGCUGCCAUGAUAAUGUAUAGCUCGUUUGAGCAGGGGCCAGUGAUAUGGCCUACUGUUGAAAGGGUUCAAGAGCUGAUUGCUAGGUUCAUGCAGUUGCCGGACGUGCAACAAACGCGGCGAAUGAUGAGCCAGGACAACUUUGUUGCGCAAUGGCUUGAAAAGUUCCGUAGAUUAUCUGAGUUCCGUAGAUUUAAACGACCUUGGUUGGGUUUUAAACACGAAUAUCGCUGA